UCAACCUUCACUGACACAUGGGGUUGUUGCGUCAGUAAAUAUAAUAUAAACCCUAUAAGAGAUUGCUGUCUGCUUUACCAAUUAACUCACCCUUUCUCUAUGCUUUUCUUCUUCCUUCGAAGUUCAAACAGUUGAGAUUUGAGGGAGACUACAAAUAGAUCGGACUGCCUGUUGCUGCUUCUAGGUCUCGCUCUUCACCUCCACCUCCUGCUGCUGCUGAUGGAGAAGCGGCAUCUUCUUCUCCUCAUCCAUGCGCUCUUCCAUACCUUCCCUUCUGCACUAUCCCAGUCGUUCAUUGGGGUUAACUACGGGCAGGUGGCCGACAACCUCCCGCCGCCGUCGGUUACGGCCGCUCUCCUGCAAUCCACGACAAUCUCCAAGCUCCGUCUAUACGGCGUUGAUCCCGCAGUCAUCCAGUCCUUCGCGGGCACUAAUAUCUCUCUUGUCAUAGGCGUCGCCAACGCCGAUGUCGCCUCCCUCGCCUCCGACCCAGCCGCCGCUGCCAGCUGGGUAUCAGCCAACGUGUUCCCCUACGUCGGCGCGUCCUCCAUCUCCAUCGUCUCGGUCGGCAACGAGGCGCUCGACUCCGGCGACUCCUCCCUCGCGUCUAAUCUUCUCCCGGCCAUGCAGAACCUACUAUACGCCCUCUCUGCCUCGACCGCCGCCUCCGCCGUGAAGGUCUCUACCGUCCACUCUAUGACGGUGCUGUCCCAAUCGGACCCGCCUUCGUCGGGCGCAUUCCGCCCCGAAUUCGUCGACACUCUCAAAGGCAUACUGAGCUUCCUGCGGGACUCCGGUGCGCCCUUCAUGAUCAACCCGUACCCCUACUUCGCCUACGCCAGCGAUCCGCGGCCGGAUACGCUGGCCUUCUGUCUCUUCCAGUCCAACCCCGGCCGGGUCGACGGCGGGUCGAAGCUCGCCUACACCAACAUGUUCGACGCGCAGGUUGACGCCGUGCGAUCGGCGAUCAACGCGCUGGGGUUCCCGGAGGUGGAGAUAGUGGUGGCGGAGACAGGGUGGCCAUACAAGGGGGACCCUGACGAGGUGGGGGCGUCGGUGGACAACGCCAAGGCAUUCGUCGGGAACCUAGUGGCCCACCUGCGGUCGCUGACCGGGACGCCGCUGAUGCCGGGGCGGUCUGUGGACACCUACCUCUUCUCGCUCUACGACGAGGACCUGAAGCCGGGACCCACCUCCGAGCGCUCCUUCGGCCUCUACCGCGCCGAUCAGACCAUGAACUACGACGCCGGCCUCGCCAAGUCCGUCUCCACCUCCAACGCCACCGCGAGUCCGCCACAGUCGAACGCGACGUCGGAUCCGACGCUGCAAUCGCCGACUGCUCCGCCGGUGGGAAUGACGACGGGUCUGACCCAGCCGGGGGGGUGGUGCGGGCCGGGGGCGACGCUGCAAUCGGCGGCGGAAGGCGGGUCGUUGCAGCCCGCGGUGCAGUGUUUCUCCGCCGUUGGAUCGCGUGCGGCAAUCCGACUCGGCCAUCUCUUUUCUUGCGUGGCGCUGACGCUGCUGAUGCUAACGCAGUAGGUCGAGACAAGACCCAGGGGGAUCGUGUGGAUAUUCAGUCUAAUAGAAAAUAUAAUAUAUUACGGGCGAACGGUGAAGAUAUUGGACACGUGGAUCUCAAGAUUUCGCAAAGAGAUAAAGUUCGCAUAGAUGCAAGUGUACAUUCACGUGGCUACUACGUCUUUUGGAGGGGUUGGCAGGCCAAUUGAUAGUGGCGUUAUUGUUCUCUUUUUGUCUUCUUUCGUUAUAUUGCUGCAAUCUAUUUUGUUGAAUUUAAGUCGAUUAAUUGUCUGAUGGAUCGUGCCGCCAGCCAGGAUCCUCUCUGGAUCACAAAUUAUGAUGUAGAGGAUAGAUUGUAUAAGUUGAUUUAAUAGAUAUAGUGGUAGUAAAUUACAGUCCAAAGAAUUUGUAUUCACGUGUCGGUUCUAUGCAGUUAGGAUCUUUUGUAUUAUAAUUUACGAUUCGAAGGAUACAUCAAAUAAGAGGAUAGAUUAUAUAAGUUGAUUCAA